AUGCAGAGUCUAGUUCCGCACACCUUCCAGCCCUCGCACCCCACUGGCGUCGACAUCCUUCGGGAUGGCUUCCUAGCGCAUAUGUUUGGCGUCUUCACGGAGUUAUUCUUCCAAUCGCUCUUGAAGACAUCCAUCCGAUCCCUCCCCGUGCAGUUCCCUCUACAAGGCUGGCCAUCAGCUUUUGCACUAUCGCAAGGCGCGGUUACUACGCUGCAGGCCAACGUGGUCGAUGCCUACCAAUACCCUUACCUUCUCCUCGAUCUCCUCGUCAACACUGCCAUAGGCCCCGUCGUACCACAAACACUGUGGGUUCCACGAUCCUCGCGCGACCUAGCUCAAUACGUCCUCGAGGCCACCCUUGAACUACCUAUAUUCUUUGUGCGGAAUGAUGGAGGCAUCGGGAUCACUGUCGCCGACGCAUCAGCGGGAAACUCAGCUUCGUUACUUGGGUCCACUCGCGCAGUGAAUGUAGGAGGUCGAACUUCAGUUCAUCUUCGUAUACAAUGGCCGGGCUACAAGGAGUGGCGACGCCAGUUCCAGACGCGAGACGAGACCGCGGCAAGGAGUGUUAUCACUCUAGAUCGAUUCAUACGACACGUUGGACGCUCUCUCGACCGCUUUUUGGAGGCCAUGUCUUCCGAAAUCCCCGACGGGUUUCCGCAAUGGCGCAUAGGACCAAACGCCAUUGGCCGCCACGACAUUACCAUUGUCGGCGUCGCGCACGUCUCCAGCGGUUCAUGGAUGCCCAUUCUGCAGCUCAACCACCCCCUCGUAGUCUAA